AUGGAUCUCGACUCGUGGACCGACCAUGGACGAGUAGGCAUCGAUUCAUAUUCAGGGAACGCAUAUAAUGCUAUAGAUCCCAAUCUCUUUUUAGAAGGCAGUACAUAUUACAUACAGUUCGGCUCUUUCUGGGGGGACAUUUAUCAAGUGGAGAUGAACUCGGAAGCAACAAAAGCCGCCGGGGAUUCAUACAACAUUGCAUACGACCCAUCAGGUGAUCAUGCCGAGGAAGGUUCGUACAUGUACAGCUACGGCGAUUACUACUACUUGUUCUACUCCGCCGGAAUCUGUUGCGGGUAUGACACGUCCUUGCCCGCAGCUGGAGAUGAAUAUAAAAUCAAAGUCUGUCGCUCUACAUCAGCAUCAGGGGCUUUCGUUGACGCGGAUGGCACUGCUUGUACUGAUGGCGGCGGUACUAUUGUCCUCGAGAGCCAUGGAACUGUUUACGGACCUGGUGGACAGGGUGUCUUUACAGAUCCUACACUUGGUCCUGUGUUAUACUAUCAUUAUAUCAACACAACGAUCGGCUAUGCGGACGACGAAGCACAAUUUGGGUGGAAUACAAUUGAUUUCUCCACAGGAUGGCCAGUUGUUUAG